CGGUGGACUGAGCCCGUCCGUGGUCUCCUAGAUUUUAGGUAGAACAGAAAUAAAACAUCCCGGCUGUGGCGGAGUGACCUUUCUCCCAUCACAAAAGCUUCAGAGUCACAUUUUUGGAAUCUAUUUUUCUACUUCAGCACCGUGCUGGACGGAUCUGCCAUACAGGAUAUAUGUUCGGUAAAGGUGCGAAGCGGAAGCUGGACGAGGAUGAAGAGGGGUUGGAAGGCAAAACGCUGGAGGCGCCGGUGGCGGGAGGGGGGCUAGGCGUCAGUCCAGAGGGUCUUUCUAAGGUGUCGUACACCUUGCAGCGGCAGACCAUCUUCAACAUCUCUCUGAUGAAGCUGUACAGCCAGCGGCCGCUCGGAGAACCCAGUCUGGAGCGCCGCGUCCUCAUCAACAACAUGCUCCGACGCAUCCAGGACGAACUCAAGCAAGAGGGUUCCCUGCGGCCACUUCUUCUUCCGCCCUCACCACCACCCGACGACCCCAUGGAUGAGGGCUUCCGUGAGGCGCCACCAUCUUUCGGCGUUCUGUCAGCGGCAGCGAGCGCGCAGGUAUCCCAGCCUUCUGCACUGUUGAUGCCAGUGAUCGCUCCACCACCUUCGCCCCACCCAAUGGUGCCUCCCAACUGCCAGGCAUCCCAGGCCUGCCCCACCCGUCUGGAGGCCUGUCCCGCCCCUUUGGAGGCCUGCCUCACUCCUGCCUCUUUACUGGAGGAGGAUGGUGGAGAUUCAGCCUUUUGUGCUCCAUCUCCACCCACUCCUCCGCUGUCACCACCCCCAGUGCAGCCUCCCCCUUCAGCACCUCUGAGCCAGGCGCCCCCCUCUGUCCCUGUGCCUGUCUUCUCCUCCUCUUUGAGUGACAUGGAGUUGGGUCCUCCUACAGCCAUAACAAGGACAGCAGCAGCUAAUACUACGACCAUGACUACCUCCCCAGCUCCUACACCAACCACCCAAGCCCUCCCUCCCACACCCACCAGCUCACCCAGAGACUGCAGGACCAUGGGUGCUAAACCAGAGGCAGCUGCCAUUUUCCUAGUAGAAGGUCGCUGUGCUGAGCUCCGGCCAAUGGACGCUCUCUCUACACUUUCCCCUGGUGGCCUAGUAGACGUUUCCUCCUCUCCUUCAUGUCCACCUUCCUCUUCCUCGCCCUCACCUUUUCUCUCAGACUUGGCGCUGGAUGAUGUCCUUUUCGCCGACAUUGACACGUCCAUGUAUGACUUUGACCCUUGCACGACAGCAGGGGGAGCAGGGGGUGGGAUGGCAAGUAGCGGCAGCCUCGCAAAACUGUCCCCAGUGGUGACAGCAGACGACCUAAUCAAAUCGCUGGGCACGCCGUACAACGGCCCCGCCCCCCAGGUUUCAGCCAAUCAGCCUUUCAAAAUUGAUCUGACAGAACUGGACCACAUCAUGGAGGUGUUGGUGGGCUCCUGACUCGAGGAUGCCGCCCCAUCAGAAACAGUUUAAUCAGGAGAACAGACUGGAACAAAAAUGUGGGAUCGAUUUUCCUGGUUGUUGUUUUUACAUUGUUUAUGUGUUUUGUUUUGUUUUUAAACUCUCUUCAAAAGUCGGUAAUUGUAAACAUCGAUGGUGAUGUCAGUUAGUACUACUAUGACAACUACUACUACUACUACACAACACUGUGCAUGCACUGUGCUCGCCUUUCCAAAUAUGGAAAUGAAGUAACGGGGAAACAAACACGCAUAAUUGUAUUUCUAUACUUGUGAGGACCUCCUUUGACUCCCUUCAUUCCCUAAACCUAAUCCUCUUUGUAAUCUUUAACCUGAAUCUAAGCCUUAACCCUAAGGAGUAACUGUAAAUAGAAGCAAUGAAAUUGUCCUUGUUCUGGACAACUCUAUCUACCCUUGUGGGGACACUUACUCCUCACAGGUAAAGAAAUACAAGUGUAAACAUGACACGCAUACACACACACACACACACACACAGACACACACACUGUAAUUAUGGCUUUUAGCAGAUGAGUGCCUUUCAACAUGACCACUUAUUCAAUUCCUGUUUUUACAGUAUUUUUUUCAGUUUAGCUGCCUAGAGAGGUCACUCCUUAAUGUUUUUGCUUUUUUUAAUUUAUUGUAUUAAACCUAUGGUUAAGUAAGGUAAUUUCUCAUGAUCAAAUAGUAAUUAUUUAAUCACUAUCUUAUUACAGAUGCUAUGUUUUAUUUGUAAAGCAAGCAUAAAAAGGAAUAUAUAGUUUUACCAGUGUGCUAGAUGACAUGUUAGCUUGGCUAUAUGGUUAUAGUUUGGGAGUAGCUCUGAGACGCCUCUCCAGGAUGUUUUGGUAAACUCUUCUUGUACACAUCAUGUCUAUGAAUUCAGUGCAGGAUCUUUUUUGUUUUUUCUUUCCCCUCCUUAUCAGCAGGCACAUAUAACUGUGCUGGAUGCUGUUUUACAUGAGUUUGGUCAUAUGAGCUGGUUAUCAUGAUUCACUUGCAGCAGAAUUCAAAUGAGCUACACCCACAGGGGAAAGCUCGGCGUGUUUACAUUGGAAGCAGCAGCAGCAGCAGUACCGACUCAUGGCUCCCAGUCGGCUGUAGAUGAUGUGAAAAGUGCAGCCUAAGCAGAGGCUUAGGGCUCGCUACACGCAUGUUAAAUUUAGCUAUGCUAGCCUCAAAACAAAACAGCUGUUACCCAUUGCAGGGAAAUUCACUGUGGUACCCAUGCGACUCUCAAAAUUACACAAGGAAAAUCUAAGAGUUUAGUAGGACUACUUUAUUUAUUUUGGGAGGGUUUGGUUCCCUCAGAUUUAGCAACGCAGGUGACAGGCAAUUUGUAGCAGGGCAUACAGUAUUACACACACCCGUUUACUUGUGUUUAGAAUAGAAGUCCUAAAAUGCUAAAUCUCAGGGUUCUGCAGGGCAGGAGGCCUGAAUCUGGCUCGUAAAUACGAAUGUGGAUUUCCACUGAAGUAGGAACCCAAACCACAGUGUUAACCUGAUACUGCAACCAUCGCAGUGCUGUUUCAAAACACUGCCCGACUCCCCACCACCCCACACAGGUCACCCAUUUAUGGCACUAAAAGACAGAACUGGUGUCUAAGUGAUUUUGAGUGAUAAUUAUCUGUGGAUUCGUCACUGCAAGGUACACAUAACACAGAAACAAAAGUAUAAAAGGUAUUGGCGAUGCAGCUUUAAUGUUCGACACCUUCGUAGCUGCUGCGUGCUGUAUUUUCUCAUCAUACAUAUCUUCAACAUCUGUCUAGAUAUUUACAGGAAGAUAAGAAAGAAGCAUUUCUCAACACAGCAAUGAUCCCGAGCACAGGGGACACCACCGGUAUCUGUCUCUAUACGAAAGGGUCGAUUUUUCAGCUGGCAACAGGUAACACAUGAACCGUUUGGUCUUUGCACAGCUUUGCAGUGGUCUCGUGGUGUUGUUUGACAGUGUGAAUUCAAACAUGCUCCGGUGGAAGAUCCUCAGCUUCCCAGGGUGCAUUUGACUUCAGCUAGGUAGUAAAAGAAUGGCAUUUUAAACUGAAGCAGAGUGUGAGCUGAGCACAUAGCAGCACCAACUAAUACCAUUUCUAGAUGACUGUAUUUUGUUUCUUUCACCAUGUUUAAAUUUUGGAGUGCUUGUUUUUCUUUUUCUGUUUCUUUUUUUGUCAAUGAAGUUAUUUAUUCAUAUAGAUUUUUUCCUUUUUGUGUAAAUAUAUUUAUUUUUUAUGUGAAGUGAACAUUUGGAUUGUAAAUGUGUGUACAGAAUGUGUGGUAGGAAUGUACUUCAAAUAGGAAUGUAUCUGAGUGUGGAACUAUGGGGUGGAAGCCAUUUUUUAUAUACAUAGGUAAUUAUAUUAUCUUGUUCAUGUUUGUUUUGUUGCUUUAUUAUUGUUUGUUUGUUUUUCUGGGGUGGCGGCCACAACUUUUUACAUCUUUUGUACUCGCGUUCAUCACUUUCCAGUCGAAGGCGAACACUUCAUGCAGCAAUACUCAAAAAGCCCAUCUCCAACCUUCAGAUGUCAAGUCUCCAAAGCCUGUCAGACGCUCCGAUGCCAAAAGUAAUGUACAUAGUAUGAACAACAUUCAAGCUUCUGAGUCUUUUUCGAUCAGUGUUUGUCACCGAAUCGGUUUUAGCGCUGUCUGAGCGUGCGGCAAUUUCAAACCGCAGACAUGGACUGAUUCCCUCUACAAAGGCUGUAUUUUACACAGACCUCAGAGCUGUGCCUUUUUCUAUGCAAUAGAACACAAACACAGAGAGAGAAACUAUCAGCUGAUCACUGUAUUGGGAUCCAAAUGUGGAC